AUGAUUUUAGAUGUUACAUAGAGAACUGAGCCAUACACAACCAAUUUUCGUGUAUCAAAGGAGUAAUUGUGUCAAGUGGCUUAUGCAUGUUAGGAAAGGACAUUUACUGAAGAGAUAGAUCAAUUGGAGGAGUUGGGAGGGCAAGAAUUUCUAGAGGUUUAAGAUAGUUUAAACUUUAGAUGGCUUUGUGCUCAAAUUAUAAGGAUGGGUUACUAUUGAAUGAUGUAAGUUUGAGAGAACAGAAUUUCGGACAUAAUCGCAAACCACUAAUUCUUCCGAAAUCUUAUUGUUAAUUGUUGUGGGGGGCUUUGGAAGACUUUACUAUGAGGAUACUCUGUCUGGCAGCUUUGGUGAGUAUUGCAGUUGAUGUAGCCACUGCAUCAUCAGAUUAUCGUGCUUAUGCAUGGAUAGAAGGUAAAACUAUAGAAAUGUAAGAGUGCUAGGUUUUGCGAUCCUUGUGGCAGUGAUAAUCUCGACUAAUGCUAAUGCAAUUAAUGAUUAUUAAAAGGAGAAAUAGUUUCAAAAGUUGAAUGCAGUAGCUGAUGAACGAAAAAGAGUUACAGUAAUAAGAAAUGGAUAGAAAUGUGAUAUUCAUAUGAGUGAAGUUAUGGUUGGAGAUAUCGUAAUGAUAUUUGAAGGAAUGGAAAUCCCAGCCGAUGGUCUGGUACUUGAAGCCUCAGAUCUGACAACUGACGAGUCAGCCAUGACAGGAGAAACCGACCCUAUAAAAAAGAACACAUUACCCUAUUGUAUAGCUCGAAGGAAUCAAACUGACUCCGCAACAGCUGGUCAUCAUGAAGUUCCCUCUCCUAUUAUGAUGAGUGGCACCAGGGUCUUGACAGGAGAAGGCAAGAUGAUUAUUUUAGUGGUUGGAGAUUUGUCAUGUGCAGGCAAAAUCAGUGCUUUACUCCGUUAAGAUGAACCAGAAGGUACUCCUAAUAUAAUAUCCAAUUAGCCACUCCUUUAUAAGUCAAAUUAGCUGCUAUUGCAGAAGAUAUAGGGAAAUUUGGAUUGUACAGUGCAAUCAUAAUUGUUGUUGUUAUGUGCAUUAGAUUUGCAGUUGAAAAGUCAUAGGUUGAAUGGGAAAAUAAGUAUAUUGUAGAGAUAGUCAAUUUCUUUAUUAUUGGAAUCACAGUCAUUGUGGUUGCAAUUCCUGAAGGAUUACCCUUGGCAGUAACACUCUCUUUAGCUUAUUCAACCAAAUAAAUGUUGAGAGAUUAAAAUCUAGUCAGGAAAAUGGCAGCAUGUGAAACUAUGGGAGGAGCAUCAAUGAUAUGUUCUGAUAAAACUGGAACGUUAACUUAGAAUAAGAUGACUCUAGUUAAUAUUUGGAAUGACAAUUUAAUUGAAUUGGAAACCUAUUAAGCAUGUAAUUUGACUGAGUAUCUCCCUUAACAUUUAGCAGAUAUAUUUAUAUAAUCAGCCAUUGUAAAUUCAAGUGCGAUGCUUAGACCAGAACCUAAAGGGUCUAAGACUGAAAUAUCAUUCUUAGAGUUUAUGGAUAGAUGUCAAAAGCCUUAUGAGGAAUUUAGAGAUAAAUAUCCUAUUGUAGUUAAAUAUCCAUUUAGCAGUCAAAGAAAGAGAAUGUCCAUGAUUUUAGAUGUCGGAGGAUAGCAAAGAUUAGUAUGCAAAGGAGCUUCAGAAAUGGUAUUAGCAGCAUGUUCUUAAUAUCAUUCAAAAUCUAAUGGAGUCACAACAAUCAAUUCUUUGGUAGUUGAAGAUGCUAUUGAAAAUAUGGCAAAGAAAGCUUUAAGAACAAUAUGUUUGGCAUAUAAAAAUAUUUCAAACAGUGCUGAUUUGACAAGUAAAGAUGAUAAAGGUGUAUAUAAUAUUGAAUAAAAUGAUUUGAUUCUCUUAGCUGUCUUAGGCAUUAAAGAUAUUAUCAGAUAAGAAGUACCUAGAGCCAUCUAAUUAUGCAAGAAAGCAGGAAUCAAAGUCAGAAUGGUUACUGGUGAUAAUAUAACAACAGCAAGGGCCAUAGCAAACGAAUGUGGAAUCAUCACUAAUCCUGAUGAUAGUAUUGUAAUGGAAGGACCUGAAUUCGUUAGAAGAAUUGGAGGAGUCGUUUGUAAGAAUUGUCAUCCAGAAGUUUGUAAUUGUGUUAGGGAUAGUCAGACAGCAUAAAAGGAAGGCAAAAAGUUAAGGAUUGACACAAUAGCUAAUCCUGAAGAAUUCGAUAAGAUAUAUCCAUAUCUUGAUGUCUUGGCUCGUAGUAGGCCAGAGGAUAAAUAUGCUUUAGUAACUGGUUUGAUUGAAAGAAAUCAUGUGGUAGCUGUAACUGGUGAUGGAACAAACGAUGCUCCAGCUCUAAAAAAAGCAGAUGUUGGAUUUGCAAUGGGAGUCUCAGGAACUGAAGUUGCUAGGGAAGCUGCGGCUAUCAUUCUGUUGGAUGACAACUUCAAUUCGAUAGUGAAAGCUGUUAUGUGGGGUAGAAAUGUGUAUGAUAACAUAAAGAAGUUUCUUAGAUUUUAAUUGACUGCUAAUCUAGUAAGUGUAUCAUUGACUUUAAUCGGGGCUGCAGUACUCAGAUAGGAAGUUCUAAGACCAAUUUAAUUGCUAUGGGUCAAUUUAAUUAUGGACACAUUAGGCUCAUUGGCUUUGGCAACUGAACCUCCAUCUGAGAAACUGUUGAAUCGGAAACCUCAUGAUAGAAAUGAAUACAUAAUAUCAAAGAAGAUGUUUAAGUUUAUUGUGGGAACAGCUCUCAUUUAAGUGGGAGUUGUUCUUGUGAUAGUAUUUGUAGGUGACAAAUUUCUACCUGAAUAUCAAGAUGCCUAUGAUACAACUGCAUUUAGUGGACCAAAGAUAAGGUUUAAAUACAGUAAUCACAAUUGUGUAACAGAUUUUGAAUCAUUAAAAUCAUUGGGAUUAACCAAGUUAAAUGAAACAUCAUCAACGGACGAUCCAGAUGAUUCUGAUAAAUGCUUAAAAACUAGAUGUGUAUGUUAAAAUGAUGAAUGCUAUGAAAUUUAAUGUCCUCCUUGUCUUUAUAAUGCAGAUUCAUGUUCAAUUGUGGCUAGUGGAAGAUUAAUGACAGUUCAAGGAGACUAUGAUUAUUACAUUAUGUACAACAUAGAACAUGAAGGAAGUAGACAUGUAAUUGUUAUAAUCUAAUUUUAGUUUACUUAUGUGUUCAAUGUAUUUAUUAUGUUGCAAUUGUUUAAUUUCUUGAAUAGCAGAAGGAUCACUGAUGAAAUCAAUUUCCUUGAUAAUAUAACCAACCAUUCUGCCUUCCUCAUCAUAGUGCCAUUCAUCUUCUGCAUUUAGGUGUUGAUGGUUACUUUUGGAUCAGCAGCCAUUGGAUUAUAUGGUUGUUAUGGUUUAUAAAUAAAACAAUGGUUGAUUGGAAUUGGAUUUGGUAGUAUCUCAUUAUUAGGAUGCCUUAUCCUUAAAUUAAUCCCUGAAGAUAACUUUUGUAGUUAAAUGGGAUCCCAAAAGAUUGUACCUCUCCAACAAGAAGUCAAAGUCUCCUCAUAAAAAGUCGAAUAAACUCCUAAUGCUCUUGCAAAACAUUAUAACUCAAUUUAAAGACAUCCAGAACAUUGA